AUGCCUCGGUCCAGCAAUGCAAAGCCUUCCAAAUCAGUCAGGAUAGAUCUACACAAAAAGGAAAUCAGCCUAAAGAAGACAUUAAAGCAGUCUGCCAAACAUAAGUUGUCAGGGAAGAUGAACUCUGGAAAAUUGAAGGAAUUAAUUCAAAGAAGAGAUGUUAAGAAAGAAACAGAAGACAAAACCUCCACACCCUCCAGAAGCCUUCUGACUAGAGCUGGGGCAGCCCGAAUGAAUGAGGAUAGCACCCAAGACCUUUUUCAGAAUCCAGAGUCCUUAACUUGCAAGGGGUUUACAAUGGCUCUCCGCAGGACCUCUCUUAGCAGGCGACUUUCCCAGUGCCCAGUAGUUACAUCCAAACCUAAGAAAGCGCCACCUUCUAAGAGUGUUUCAAAACCGCAGUGUAAUCCUAAUACCCAGGAUGACAAGGUGGAACGCUCAGAAAAUGAUUCAGUCCCCAGCCAAGACCCCAUCAUGUCCCCAGACACAGAGAACCUCAUUGAUGAAGAGAGCUUAUGUUUAGUUGAAGAUGAAAUCCAAGAGAUAACCCAGUCUUGGCCUCAAAGGGUAGAAGAGUCCCAAAGGUGUCCUUCCACAUAUGAGAGUCCUGCAACAGAUAUGCUUUCUGGGCCACCGGAAGGGACACUCUGUGAAGGACUGCUCUCUCCUCAGACAUCAGGUGAUGUCAACACGUCCCCUCAGGAUUGUGCUCCUUUGCCUCAAGGGUCAACUCCCGAAGUCACCCCUCAGAAAAACACUAGCAAUCAGGUUGAAGACUUGGGGUCACAAGUAGAGAGUCUUAAGCUGCCAGAGCCUUCUCCCAUUCCAAUAGGAAAUGGACAUAAUUGCUUUCCCACCUCCAGUUUUAAGAUGCUACCUGAGUUGGAUCUUAAAAACUGCAUGUCUCUUGAUGGGUCUAUAUAUCCCACAGCACUGAUAAAAUUCCUUUUGGCAGGCUCACAGCCAGAUAUCCUUGGUGCUAAACCCCAAGAAGAAGAAACUCUCAAAACUAACCCAGAUCAAGGUGGGUGCUGCCCAGAUCAGUUUCUGGAUGCCACCUCUGUCCUAGGACAAGCUUUCGGCACUUUCCCACCUCAGUGGGAGCUUCCUGGUGCUAACUUAGUUCCUGGUGAGGUCCUGGACAAGGUCUCAGACUCACCAGAUCUUGGUGCUAUUACUUUAGUAAACCAACAAGAAACUUUGAAUGUAGAUAUGGGUACUUCCUCAGACUUGCCUAUCUUCCUUCCUAACCCUUCAAAUACAGUUGCUACCUACAGUACUCUUCCUCCUGGGCCUGAGCCCCACAACUAUGCCUCCUGUGGGCUUGAGGUCCAAGGUGCUAUACCGAUUUUAACUUUGGACUCAGGAUUUGCUCCCCAACCCCCACCAAACUCCGAGUUAAGUUCAAUACCUCCAGUAAUAGCUACAAACAGUAUACAAGACAAGAAGCAGCUUUGUGCAAACCCUUCUCCAGCUAACACACAAGGGUUUACAAUUGCCUCGGAGAACGGGCUCCAGAAUGCUCCACUGGAUCUUACCCGGGGCUCUCAGACUGCUCCCAGCAAAUUGGAAGGAGGGAUGAUUUCUCAGGUCAACAUGCCCAGCUCAGCUGAUGUCAAAACCACAGGGAUGUCUACACCAGUGACACAGGCCAGUGCCUCUUCUCUUUCACAUAAACCUACAUCGCCGACUGUGGAGAAGAAGAAGCGCAAGCCCUGUGGGGUCUGUGAGCCCUGCCAGCAGAAGACCAACUGUGGUGAAUGUACCUACUGCAAGAACAGAAAGAAUAGCCACCAGAUCUGUAAGAAGAGGAAGUGUGAGGUGCUCAAAAAGAGGCCAGAUGCCACCUCAGGAGUACAGGUUACAAAAGAAAACAAGAGGCCCCAGAGGGAAACGAAGCCCAAAGUUUCAAAGAGAGACGAUAACAAAUCAGUAAAUGGCCCCAAGCCAGAGUCCAUGGCAUACAGCCAAUGUGGUCAUGGGGAAGAAGGGCACAGAUUGGAUUGGAUCGCACAUCCCCUUGAAAAUGUUGGGAAGAAUACUAAAAGCAUGACGGCAAUUGAGGUGGGGCAGUGGACGCCAACCAAGAGAGCCCACUUCUCGGGUCAAGUCAAGGGAGACCUCGAUGCAAAUUUAACCGAGGUUGUAAGUUCCCAGUCCUUUGAAGAGGACAGGCAAGAAACCAAACCUUCCCCUAUGUUUGCACAGACCAUGAGAAACGUCAUAAAAAAUGUGCACUGUUUACCUGCCGACACAAAUCUUCUAAUCAACAAAUUGGAUCUCCAGGAAAUCAGCAAGGUAUUGGGAAAUACCUCUAAAUUUCCGACUAACUCCGCAAACUGCAAGGAUGUCAUGAGCUCCAUCACUGCUGAUGGUUGUGAUCAACUAAAGGACACAAAUAACAUCUUCCUCUUCCAGAAGCCUGACUUGAACUGCCAAUCUGGUGUAAAUUCCACCAACUUCAAUCAUCCUACCACACACAGUGCUGCUAGUCAACCCCAAACCCCUGACAAGGUACAUAGUAAGGAACCUAAAGAGGACUCUCCAGUUCAGCCUAGUCUUUUAUCAAUAAUAAAAGACAGGAGAUUGACACUUGAACAAGUGGUAGCCAUCGAAGCCCUUACUCAGCUCUCAGAGGCUCCAUCAGAGAAUUCCUCACCAUCAAAGUCAGAGAAGGAUGAAAAGACAGAUCAGACAACAGCUAGUCUGCUUCAUAGUUGUAAGGCGCUCCUUAAUUAUGUGAGAAAAGACCUCCAGGACCCAAACUCACAAGGGAAGUGUCUUCAGCACCCAGACACUGUGGUCUUCAAUGGUCAGAUCACAACAAUCAAGUUGUUGGAUAGCUCAGCUACCAACCAAGAACUUGAAAACUCCUGUGGACAUGCCAAUACACUUAAAGAGGGUAGGAAAUGCAUUGCUGGAGGCAAAUUGACCAUUGUUAAAGAUGCACAUUAUACAGAAAUUGAAGAAGAUGUGGCAGCUCAAUUGACACAGCUUGCAUCCCACAUUAAUCUCACUACUGCAGAAAGUAAGAAUGCUGAAUGUCCACUGGGGAGCCUUGUUUCAAAGACUAUCCAGGAGAAGGGCAUAGUACAACAGAAACCACCUUCAGAUAUACUAACCAAACCUAGUAUACCGAUAGCAAAGCCAAAGAACAAGACCCGGAAAAAAGCAAAAACGACCCCCAAAACAGACAAGCCGAAAAAGGAACCGCUAGUCUCCCUUAGCUCUCAGGAAAAUGAUAAGCAAGAGCAGUUUGCAACCAAGUACAGUAAAAUGCAUGACAUUUGGAUGUCAUGCAAAUUUCAAAGAUUUGGCCAGUCUGGUCCACAUGAUGUUCCUCUUUUGCUGGGAAAUAUUCCUACCUUUGAGGAGAUAUUAACACCGGUGGUUCAUAGUAGAGACAUAUUAGGCUUGAAAAACAAUACCCUAUUUCCUCCUGUCAGUCAGAUACAAUUCAGAAGGUACUCUGAAUCAGCCAAGGAGGAAGUGAAAGUUGAGCCACAGGAGUCUCUACCAUCAUGCCAGUUCAAGACUGAAUCCAGCAGGCAGGUAUUUGCAGACCUGGCAGAUCGAGCUCAGGUAGAGCCCAGGGAGAACAUCAGUGAGAAAGCUCAGCCUCUGCCACAGCCUUCCCCUCCAUCUAACCAGUGUGCUAACAUGCCUGGUGCUGAUAAAACGCAGUUUCACUUAUGUGCUCAAGAGAACCUGGUGCAUCAGAUACCACCAUCGUUGCCUGGUACCUCUCCUGACACACCCUUUCCAGAGCUCUUGUCCAUCCUCAGCAAAGACAAUGUGACAAAUUCAAAUGGGAUUACACUUGGGAUGGCAAAGUGGGAACUACAAACACCGAGCAAUGGACCACUGGGGGACUCCAUCACACACAGUGCACAGACAGAUUUCAAUGAGACCAUCAGGAACUGCCUUAGGGAACCUGCGACAUUGCUGCUACCUGGAGCGAAUGAAGAGAAGGACUCUGUCUUGGAAGGGCCCCCCUGUGACUGUAAAGGUGAGUAUCAAACAGACAAAGGCCCAUAUUAUACACACCUGGGGGCAGGACCAAGUGUUGCUGCUAUCAGGGAGCUCAUGGAGACUAGGUACUGCGAAAAGGGAAAGGCAAUACGGAUUGAGAAGAUAGAGUACAUGGGGAAAGAGAGCAAGAGCUCAAGGGGCUGCCCAGUUGUCAAGACUGUACUUAGACAAAACAAUGAUGAUGAGAAGGUUCUCUGUUUGGCCCGGGAGCGUGUAGGCCACCACUGUCAGACAGCUGUGAUGGUUGUGGGCAUCGUUCUUUGGCAACCCAUCUCUCCACCAUUGGCUGACCAUCUGUACGAUGAGAUCACAGAUAACUUAAGAUCCUACAGCGGGCAUCCCACUGACCGAAGAUGUACCUUCAACGAAAAACGUACCUGUACCUGUCAAGGCCUCAAUCCAAGGACAUGUGGAGCAUCUUUCUCCUUUGGCUGUUCAUGGAGCAUGUAUUUAAACGGCUGUAAGUUUGGGAGAAGCCCAAACCCUAGAAAAUUCAAACUUGCUCCAAACUAUCCAUUAAAUGAGAAAAAGAUUGAAGGAAUUUUAAACAAAGUGGCUGACACUUUAGCUCCAAUUUAUAAGCAGAUGGCUCCAGUUGCUUAUCAAAAUCAGGUAAAAUAUGAAGAUGUUGCUGCAGACUGUCGACUUGGUACUAAGAAAGGCCGUCCUUUUUCUGGUGUCACCUGUUGCAUGGACUUCUGUGCCCAUUCUCACAAGGAUAAUCACAACAUGAUUAAUGGAAGCACUGUGGUUUUAACUUUGCUUCGAAAAGAUGCCCGAGACAGGAAUAAUCUCCAGGAUGAGCAGUUCCAUGUUCUUCCACUACACCGGCUUGCAGACACUGAUGAAUUUGGCUCCCGGGAGGGCAUGGAAGCUAAGAUCCGCUCAGGGGCCAUCGAAAUCAUUAAGCCAUCUGUGAAGAAGCUACUGCAUUUCAAUGAGCCUAUUCCUCGAUGUGGGAAGAGGAGGACCACAAUGAAGGAGCACAAUAAGAAUCCAGCUACAACACUUAAAAACUACUCAUCAGCCUGCUCUACUCCUCACCCAGUGAAAGCAGAAUCUGCAGACUUAUGUCCCCCAAAACCUUCUUACCUGGAAACUGCUACCUGUAUGUACAAUAGUGCAGCCUCAGGUGGGUUUCCAGAAACAAGUAGCAUUGUCCACUGCACAGUGCCUUCUGGAACACACGGUGGCGCUUAUGAAAAUGGUGAAUGUGCUGGGAUUGAACGGCCUGGUAAAGUGGCUCCUCUUCCUCACACAUCUCUUCCCAUAGCAGAUUCCCUUGUUGAUGCUGAGCCUGUCACUAGUCCAUCUGAGCACCCUCAGCUGCCCUUCCUCAGCUGUCCUCGUGAACUGGAGCACUGUGCAGCAGACGAGCCUCUCUCAGACGAUCUGUCCUCCGACGAGAUUAUCAUCACUCAGACUGAGUUCUUGUCAGACAGUGAGGAGAUCUACUAUGACCCUUGUUUUGGUGGGGUGGCGAUAGCACUUACUCAUGGCUCGGUGCUGAUUGAAUAUGCCCGGGGGGAACUUCAUGCUACCACCCCUCUGACAAUACCCAAUCGAAGUUAUCCUAUCCGCACAUCCCUUGUAUUAUACCAGCACAAAAACAUGAAUGUGCCCAACCAUGGUUUUGAUCUUUGCAGGAUUAAAUGUAAGCCCCGAGAUUUAAGAAAAAAAAAGCCCGUAGACCCGGAGGGUCCUGAUUUAUCCAUUGAAGCCAAUUUACUCCGCACAAUUCCUUCUCGUAUUGCAUCGACCUUAACCCACGACAAUGUUGUCACUGUAUCCCCUUACGCUUUCACUCACAUUGCAGGACCCUACAACCACUGGGUCUGA